UGCUUCUUCUCCACCAAACCAACUGGCCCCAAUGGAGAUUCCAAGCAUUUCAAUCUCCUUCCUAUUCGUUUUUCUUGUGGCCCUUUCCUGCUCGUGGCCUGUUGAUUCCCAGGGCCAGGUGCAUGCUUUUCUCCGAUGCUUGUCCCUUCACUCCAAUAGCUACUCUGCAAUCUCCAAAGUUGUGUAUACCCAACAUAACUCUUCAUAUGUAACCCUCCUCCAAUCCUCCAUAAGAAACCUGAGAUUCACAUCAUCCUCCACUCCUAGACCUCUGGUUAUCGUCACGCCCGUGGACGAAUCCCAAGUUCAGGCUACCAUUCUGUGCUCCAAAGAAAAUGGAAUGCAGAUUAGAACUAGAAGUGGCGGCCAUGACUACGAGGGACUCUCUUAUGCGUCCGCAGUCCCAUUUGUCGUCAUCGAUCUGAUAAACCUGAGUGAAAUAACAAUUGACGCCAAGCGAAAAAUUGCAUGGGUUCAAGCUGGUGCAACAAUUGGGCAACUUUAUUAUAGGAUCAGCCAAAAGAGUAGAACCCUGGCAUUUCCCGCAGGAACAUGUCCCACUGUUGGGGUUGGCGGGCAUUUUAGUGGAGGAGGGUACGGGACAUUGUUGAGAAAAUACGGCCUUGCUGCUGAUAAUAUCAUCGAUGCGCGCUUGAUAGAUGUUAAUGGAAGGAUUCUUGACAGGAAGUCCAUGGGUGAGGACCUUUUCUGGGCCAUCAGGGGUGGUGGAGGUGCCAGCUUUGGGGUUAUAACUGCUUGGAAGCUGAAUUUGGUAUCUGUCCCAGAGACUGUAACUAUAUUUUCUGUCCACAGGACCCUGGAGGAAAACGCAAUCGCACUCAUUCAUAGAUGGCAGUACAUUGCUCCCAAUCUUCCUAAAGAUAUGUAUCUUUCAUUCAGCGUAGGUAGAGCAAAUUCAAGUAAAACUGGAAAGAAAACUAUAGUAGCAACAUUCGGUUCGCUCUUUCUUGGUCGGGUCGAUAGACUACUUGCAUUGCUCGGACGAAGCUUCCCGGAACUGGGUGUAAAAAGACAAGAUUGCACUGAAGUGAGUUGGAUUCAAUCGGCCCUCGCCUCCGGGGGAUAUACUGUCGAAGUAUCUCCGGAAGUCCUUGCAAGCAGAAUCCCUCUAACAAGAUUAUACUUCAAGGCGAAAUCAGACUACGUGCAGCAACCCAUUCCAGAGGACGGGUUCAAAGGCAUAUGGAAAUUAUUAUACGAAAACGAAGCAGAUAGGGCACUGUUGAUCUUCACCCCUUAUGGCGGAAGAAUGAAUGAAAUUCCAGAAUCCGCAAUUCCAUUUCCUCAUAGAGCUGGAAACUUGUAUAAAAUUCAGCACUUGGUAUACUGGGAUGAACCAGGGAUGGAAGCAUCAAGAAGGUAUAUAAAUUGGAUCAGAAGAUUAUACAGUUUCAUGACUCCAUACGUUUCCAAGCAUCCAAGAGCUGCAUACAUCAAUUAUAGGGAUCUUGAUUUGGGAGUCAAUAAUGUGGGCAACACUAGUUAUGCACAAGCCAGCAUCUGGGGACUUAAGUACUUCGAUGAGAAUUUUAAUAGGUUGGUUGGGGUGAAAACCAUGGUUGAUCCGAGUAAUUUUUUCAAGAAUGAACAGAGUAUCCCGCCCAUUUACUUGUAGGAAAGAAAUUUGUGGAAGAGGACACACCAUAUAUAUAGAUGUUUAUGAUAGACAGUAAUAACAAACUUCGACUUUUAAGAUUGUACUAGGAAUAAUAAGUCUGUAAGUUUCUACUUAUAUCAGCAGUACAGUAAAAAUGGAAAUUAUUCCCUCUUAAUUAUUUUGGGGAGAAACGCCAAAUUGAGCAUGCUUUAUAAUUUGCUUGUGUGGUAGUUGGUUG